AUGAGCAAUCCUUCCCCUGGCUCGAAAAAGAUCGGCGCAAGCAGUGACAUCUUCAGAGCAACUCCUAAUACUACCACUACCACCACCACCAACAACGUCAACAUAAACAUCAACAAGAAUGCGCCUCCGCCACCACGCCAAAUCCGCUUCGUGUCGUCGGAUGGUCAGCCGCAGACUAAACGGCGGCGUGUGACUGCUGCGUACGUUUGUGUCGCACUUGUCGCAAGCGAAAGAUUCGAUGUUCGGGUGAACAACCCGUGUCUGGGAUACAAUGACCCCGAUAAACCGGAAAGGUCGUCCGUCCCUGGAUUGAUGAAGAAUGGACUAUCCGAUACCACAUACACCGACAACGGCGGCGACGACCGGUCUCUUUCGCGAUCUCCGACUACGCCGCGAGUCACUCUCGCUGUGCCCGCUGCGCCAGUACCGAAGACAUCUAAGUCGCCGCAGCCAAAGACGAUCAAGUUGGAAUCGCCCCUUCCUUUGACCAAAGAUACGUUGAAUAAGGCAACGAGAGACCAGGACAAAUUGGCUGCUGUCGCUAGUCCGGAGAGCAACUCGAUACGGUCGUUAAAAAGCCCUCCAAUUGCUGCAACAGGACCUUCGUUGGUCAGCACACUAGCCGAAGGAGAGUCAAACAGCAUACCUUUCUACGACCGAGAGGACUCUUUACCGACAAGCAACGUCGUGACUCAUUUGUGUGAACUGUUCUUUGUCCAUCUCGGCUGCAGCUUUCCAUUUCUACAGCGGAACCGCUUCAUGGCAGAUUUAAAAGAGAAGAAGAUUGACUCCAUACUGGUAGACGCUGUUUGCGCCUUGGCAGCUAGAUUCUCUCCGCAUCCGUUGUUGAGCCCAGCGCAAGCUCGCCCUAUCGAUGGCGAAGAGUUGCAGCCAGACCUGAAACGAUCAGACCAUGGCCAACCAUUUGCACAUCGAGCUAUGACUGCUGUUGUUAAUGCCUUGUCGUGUCCUACGUUGUCUGUUGUUCAAGCUUGCUUACUGCUGGCAUACGAGGAGUUUGGUUCCAAUCACGACAGCGGAUUGUGGAUGUAUCUGGGAAUAGCCAUCCGCAUGGCUCAGGAUCUAGGUAUGCAGAAGCUUCAAGGACUCAAGCAUCGUUACGGCCGUACCGGUCUUAGGCCGAAGGCCAUCAUUACAGGUCAAGCUGGGAAACUCAAUGUGGAACAAUCCGAGGGCCCUCAAAUACCGGCCAAACGACGCGAAGGUGGGGAGGGACGGGGUGAGGAUAGUCAACGGGCGAUGGAACGGGAACAGGUCGACACAUUUUGGAGUGUAUUCUUUCUAGACCGAGUAAUUUCGUCUGGAACCGGAAGACCCGUUACUUUGCGGGAUGAAGAUAUUGAGCUAUAUUUCCCGCUUCAAUCAGAGUCUAUACUACCGAAUGGCUGGCCGGCACCUUUUCCACCCUUGAUUCGGAUCAUACACUUGUACGGCCGCGUUACGGAUCUGAUUAAUGCGAUCCAAGAAGACAAUCACAUCGAUGCAGAGACACUGAAGCGAUUGGCAGGCAUGGAAAACGACCUCACGAGCAUAUAUCAACGCCUUUCGCCAAAGCUACAUUUCAACACAAUGAACUUUCAGACCUAUGUCAAAGCUCAAGAAGGAACCAACUUCAUUCUGCUACAUUUCUGGUUCCAUACUUUGAUUGUCUUGCUGCACCAACCGACUCUUCUCAAUUCGUUUGGCGGCCGCAUUCAACAGCUGUAUCCCAAUAGUCGAGAACUGUCCAUGUCAUCCGCCAAGACGAUAGCUGAUAUUCUCUCAUUCUCUGAACUCAUCGACGCAAAAAGCUUCAUUGGCAAUCCUUUUACGAGCCAGCCAAUGUAUAUUGCAGCAUGCGCUUUUCUCAUGGAAAGUGCAUACUAUUCAUCACCUUCUUCACGUUCCGGAUCCCCUCCCGUUCUGGUGACCGACCAGUCCAGCGCAUUCACCAUCCCCAACAUGGACUCGGCGCACACCAGCGAGCGCAAACCCAACACAAAACACAGUCUGCUCGCAUCAGCCGCAAAAGAAAACUAUCAGCGAUGCUACCGUGCACUCAGGACCUUGCAGACAUAUUGGGAGGGGACAAAGUAUAUUCUUACGGUGCUGGAUCAAAAAGCAAAGGGUAUAGGUGACCCGUUGCUGUAUACUACGGAAGAGAUGGAGAGCACAACUGAAGUGGCAUAUGCGCAAUCGCUGGCGUCACCGAAUUGGCAGCCAACGCUUCAGCCGAACACUGGGGAGCUUGCUGGAAAGGAGUCGGAGAGCCAGGCAGCGCAGUCUGAGAUGGGUUCUCCGAAGAUAGACCCUGGUCAAGCUAUUGGGUGGGCACUGACCGGAGAAACCAACUCUGCACAGCCAAACCUGAGUCUAUUAUACCAACUGCCAGCGCCUCAACUAGACGAGGCAUCAGGGGGACAGGUACCAGUCAAAGACCUUCCAACAGUCGAAACACACCGGGCUGGUCACUCAUAUCCGCAAUCAAUACCAACCUACCACUCUGGUCCGACCAACUCAUCCAACAUCCUCAGCCCCCCCGUCCCGAAAUUCUCUGGACCCGGCAACAACAACAUCAUCGCCUCCAAUCCCUAUGCCACCACCGCACCGUCCCAUGCGGUCUUCAGCUCAGCCUUAACACCCUCCCAAAUCGAAUCCCCAUACACCUUUAGCUCAACCUCUUACCACCAGCAUCAACAGCCUCCCCAACCCUACACCACUCACAACCAAUACGCGCCCUCCCAUCUAUCCGAUACUCUAAUUGAGAGCCAAGACAUCGAUAUGGCCGCCUUCCACAACCAAGCCGAAUUCCCAUUCAUAUUUUCGAAUGAUUUUAAUCCCUAUCUGGAAUAUCUACCGCCGGACGUUAUCAACUAUUUCGGAGAUUCGUCCUCCUCGGCGGCUGCGGCGGCGCAACAAUUCGGGGCGGCGGCGGCAUUGUUGAGUCCGGAUGAGGAGCAGCGUGCUUCUGGACAGCAACGGCUUUGA